GACAGACUAGACAUUUCGACAAAAGGGAAAUGUACCUGAACCUGUGGGUGGUUUGAAUUUUGAUUUGAAUGAUAAUAUUUUAUUAAAGUAUUGUUUCGUCGUAUAAAUUCAAACAAACACUGCCUAAUUGUGUAGAAGUUAUUAUUUUUCAUAAUGACUGUGAGUGAAGCGAGCAAAAACUUACCAUGGGUCGAAAAAUAUCGUCCUUCAAAGUUAGAAGAGUUAAUUUCCCACGACGAUAUAAUUAAAACAAUAAAUCAGUUUAUGAAGGAAAACCAACUACCUCACCUGUUAUUUUAUGGCCCUCCUGGAACUGGUAAAACAUCAACAAUAUUGGCUUGUGCAAAGCAAAUGUACACACCACAACAAUUCAACUCAAUGGUCCUAGAAUUAAAUGCAUCUGAUGAUAGAGGUAUAGGCAUUGUCCGGGGUCAGAUUCUCAGCUUUGCCUCAACAAGAACAAUAUUCAAAGCAGGUCCCAAGCUCAUUAUAUUGGAUGAAGCUGAUGCUAUGACUAAUGAUGCACAAAAUGCCCUUAGGAGAAUCAUAGAAAAGUACACAGAAAACGUGCGGUUCUGCAUAAUAUGCAACUACCUGGGGAAGAUUAUACCUGCGCUGCAGUCCAGAUGCACUCGCUUCCGCUUUGCUCCGCUGCAGCAGAGCCAGAUAGUGCCGCGCCUCAAGGAAGUUGCAGAUGCCGAAGGAUCAUAUGAUCUUAUUUAUUUCAGCGUAAAAAUAUCGGAAGAUGGUGUGAAAGCUCUGCUGGCUCUAUCUGGAGGUGACAUGCGUAAAGUACUGAACACACUGCAGAGCACGUGGCUAGCGUACCGUGACGUCACGGAGGACAAUGUGUACACGUGUGUGGGACACCCGCUGCGUUCAGAUAUCAAUAACAUACUUAAUUGGCUCCUCAAUGAGAAUGACUUCGCUGUCUGCUUCAAGAAUAUCCAAGAUUUGAAACUUCUCAAAGGCUUAGCGCUUGGGGAUAUUCUAACUGAAAUUCACACGAUCAUACAAAGAGUGAAACUGCCCCCCGAAGUAUUGAUAACACUUCUCAUCAAGAUGUCUGAUGCCGAAGCGCGGCUGGCGUCGGGCUGCAGUGAACGUAUCGAGCUCGCCGCGCUCAUCGCAGCCUUCCAAGUGGCGAGGGACCAAGUCAAAAUCGACACCACAGACACUUAAUUUAAUAAGGAGUUGAGAACAUAAGUGUGUGAUUGAGGAAUAAAUGGCUUGUUCAAUAAGUGUUACAAAUUGAGUUAUGCUGGUCAAAACAUUGUGAAUGAAAAAUAAAAUAAAAAACAGUGUAAUCAAUAAA